UAAAGUAACGUUUAUAAAAGUUGGAUUUAGCUGAAUGAAGCCGAAGAAAUCUCAUCUAGAGGCAAUAAAAACGGCAGCAAUUUUCCACUGACAUUGGCAGCACAAGGCUAGGAGGUCGUUGGCACAGUUUUUUCUAGACUUUUCUUCGCUCAGUCACAGUAGUAAACAGUUGUAGUAAAAGACGACGACUAGCACCAUUUCGAUAAAUGGAAUAUAAUAAUGGGUUCCAAAAAGUGUAAUAGUAGUAGUAGGGUCGAAGCAUAGCCAUCUAUAUCUAUAGAUUGGCCAUGGUUGAGAAGAAUAAUUCGACAAUAUAUUGAACAGUCAUUAAUAAUUCUUCGGUUCGUUGUUAAUUCAUGGCCGUUGGCUCUGGGUCGAUUUUUCUCGCCUGGUGGAGCAUAAUUUCCCCUUUUCCUUCACCCCCUCCCCCGCCUACCGCUGUCCUGGAGGAAGGAGAAGUCACGUGAUCGCUGUAUUGUUGUUCACAAUCUUAGCAGUCCAUUGUUUGUUGUGGUGUCAGUCAGUGACUGGUGUGGUGAUGCUUGAGUUAUUGUAAGCGGAGACCGCCGGGUCAUCAUGGCUUUCUGUCCUGACUGAGUCAUUCAUAGGCGACUUUACACUAGAUUCAGUCAUUCCUUGAGACUUUUAACUGGAUUGAGUCAAUCCUAGCCGUCUUAAAACUGCACUGAGUCCAAAUAGAGGCUUUUAUUGAAACAGGACUAAGUUAUUCAGCCGUCUUAAAACUGGACUGAAUCAUUCCUUGAGGCUUUUAUUGAAACAGGGCUAAGUUAUUCAUAACCGUCUGGAAACUAGAUUCAGUCAUUCUUAGCAGAUUUGAUACUGGUCUGAGUCAUUCCUUUCAGAUUUAAAACUGAACUGAAUCAUCCCUAGCCGUCUUGAAACUGGACUGAGUGAUUCCUUGACGACUUGACAGCAGUAAAUAUAAGAAUACUGUGCGCCCGAUUUGUUCUAUGGUGUCAAGACUGAGGCGUAUACUGGGAAACAUGUCGUCAAUAUCACCUGAGGAGAAACCGCUGGAUGCGAACAGAUAUGCAACAAAAAAGACAAUCGCGCAGGGCAUGCUGGAUAUUGCUCUGCUGACUGCAAAUGCCAGCCAACUCAAGUAUAUUCUACAAGUCGGACACAAACAUGAGUUCUACACACUCAUGCUGGGACUUAUCACAACUUCCAUCAUACUACAGGUUCUGAUGGGCGUGAUGUUCCUUUCGCUGCACCUGAUGCGUGACUGCAGGUUGCACCUGGUUGAAUACAAGGUGUCCUGUCUGUUGGUCAACCACAUUACAAUGGCCGGCUCGUUUGCUGUCUCAGCACUAAAUCUGCUCAUCAGCGCUUUCGACCCGGGUCUCGGUGGUCUAGUGCCGCAGGGGGUUGACUUCUAGGAUGUUUACUUCUAGCGCGAGGGGUGUCAUCUCUUCUAGUUUUCUCACUGCUUGUUUAGAUAAAAAAAAGAAUAAUAAGUGUCGACUUGUAAUAAUUGUACUGUAUUUCUCACUGCUCAUCCAGAUUCAAAAUGUAUAAUUGUGGGCUUGUAAUGUUAUGUCUAUCAUCAGAGUUAGGAUUUCGAUUUGACUAAUUUAUAUAUUGAUUUGAUUUGUUGAUAGUUGGUUGAUUGAUUGAUUAGAUAACAAGUUGAGUCGUUCACUGUCUAGAUUAAAAAAAUGGAUUUGUAGUGGUAUUCAUAUCAGAAUUAUCAAGCAUGUUGUAGACUUGAUUGAUUCAUUAAAAUUGGUUGAAAAAAGAAAAAUUUGAGUCUGGGAUAUCACCCUCUGAAUAAUUGUGGGCUUAUAAUGUUAUUUCUAUCAUCAGAAUUAUCUAGGAUUUUGACUUGACUGAUUUAUAUAUUGAUUUGGUUUGUUGAUUGAGUUGGUUAAUUGAUUGUCUGAUUGAUUAGAUCGAUUGGAAAAACCUUAAAAAGUUUUACCUUAAAGAGUCGUUCACUGUCUAGAUUUAAAAAAAAUUUGGAUUUGUAGUGGUAUCUAUAUCAGAAUUAUCGAGCUUGUCGUAGACUUGAUUGAUUGAUUGAUUAUGAUUGGUUGAAAAAAAAUGAGUCUCUUAGGGAUGUCAACCUAUAGUUUCCCCACUAUAGGCUGCUAAAUUCAAAAUAAACAAUGUGGACUUGUGGUAUCUAAAAUCAGAGUUAUAAAGCAUGUGGACUUGAUUGCAAGAUAGAUUGAAAAAGUAAGAAAAUAUUGAGUCUUUUAGUGAUGUCGCUCUCUAGUUUCCUCAUUAUACUCACUAUACUGUUUAUAUACAAAAUAAAUAACUCUGUUGUAGUUCAGGCACUGUGUUACUUGUAAAUAUUUGAAAAAAACACUUACUUUUGUU